GCGGGCCACCUGCGGGAGGAGGGGCGGCCUUCUGGUUGGCGCCCUGUGUCCGUCCCUCCUAUCGGCUUAGGCCCCGCGAGGAAGACUCGGGCUCGCCCUGGCUGGCAGGGCGGGGCCAGAGACCUGUCCAUCACCGAGGCCACGGGUGGCAGCACCUACCACACCGCAGUACCUUGGCGAGGCGGAGCAGAGCCGGGCAGGUCGCGGCCAGGGGAGGCGGGGCAAGGCCAGCGGGAGCCAAUUGGCCCGGCGGCGCGAGGGGGCGGGGGCGGGGUCACCGCGCGCGACCCAAACACACGGGCUGGGCGCACCCUGCCGCCGCGCCGCUCCGCGGUCUUCCGGCGCGAGGGCCGGGGAACCUCCUCCCCUCCGGACACCCCCACCUUCGCGGCCCAGAUCCUCCCGCCAGCCCGGCCCCUCCUUCGCAGGGGGAGCGAGGCGACGGUUGCCGGGAAGCGCGCGCCACCCCUCCCUCCCAUUCUUCGUCCUCUCUUCGCGCGCCACCCGUUUUUCCUCUUUCUCCGUUAAUAACAGCUGGGUGGCUGGGGGAGGAGGGAAGGUGGCCCUGGCGGAGUCUGGCCCGGCGCCUCCCACUCAGCCGCCAGCCGCCGUGGGAGCCGCAGGAUGGCGGCGGUAGCGGCGGCCGCCCGAGAGGAGGCGGUGCCGAGGCCCGGGGCUCCGAGCGCGGCGGCAGAGAGCGGCAGCAGCCCGUCGUGGCGCACCAGAACCGAAACCAGCGGCAGCCGCACGGCCACCUGAGCCGCCCGUUCCUGCUGGAGCCAGCGAGGGGUGCCAGCAGCCGGGACCUCUUCCUCUCCGCGUCUCUUCGUCUCCUGCGCCCGCGUCAGGCCGCCGGCCUCGCCCACCGCCCCGAGAAGAGCGCGCAGGGCGCCGACUGCCCCUCGGGGCGCCGGGCGGCGGCCCUGGACGUGCGGGGGUCCCUCUGGGCCGGCCGCGGCGCCUCGGCCCUGCCCUCUAGCUCCUGCGCUCGCUCCCGCCCUCCCGGCUCUCGGGGUGCAGCGCGCGGGCCCGGCCAGGGGCAGGGCGGACAUGGGCGCCAAGCAGAGCGGCCCGGCCGCCGCUAACGGCCGCACGCGCGCCUACUCGGGCUCGGAUCUACCUUCCAGUAGCAGUGGAGGGGCCAAUGGGACCGCGGGCGGCGGCGGGGGCGCUCGGGCCGCCGCCGCCGGGAGGUUCCCGACUCAGGUGCCCAGCGCUCACCAGCCCAGCGCCUCAGGCGGCGCCGCGGCGGCCGCGGCGGCCCCAGCAGCCCCGCGCAGCCGCUCCCUCGGCGGGGCCGUGGGGAGCGUGGCGUCGGGGGCCCGCGCGGCGCAGUCCUCCUUCAGCAUCCCAAACAGCAGCAGCGGCCCUUACGGCUCGCAGGACUCGGUGCACAGCAGCCCUGAAGACAGCGGCGGCGGCCGGGACCGGCCGGUGGACGGGAGCCCCGGCGGGCCGCGCCUGGUGAUCGGCUCCUUACCAGCUCACCUCUCGCCGCACAUGUUUGGAGGAUUUAAGUGCCCUGUAUGCUCAAAAUUUGUACCCUCAGAUGAAAUGGAUUUGCAUCUUGUAAUGUGUUUAACAAAGCCAAGAAUAACCUAUAAUGAGGAUGUACUGAGUAAAGAUGCUGGGGAAUGUGCAAUAUGCCUUGAAGAAUUGCAGCAGGGAGAUACUAUAGCACGACUGCCUUGUCUAUGCAUAUAUCAUAAAGGCUGCAUAGAUGAAUGGUUUGAAGUAAAUAGAUCUUGCCCUGAGCACCCUUCAGAUUAAGCAUCAGCUUCCUGUUUUAUAGGUUUUCUCGUCUUUACAAGAUGCUUGAAAAACCAAGAGGAUAUGAAGAUCUGUCUCUGGAGAAACAAAAAUGCAGGCAUACUCAGCCAGAAAUCUGAGUUUUGUGAGACUUGGUAAUACAGAGAUGGACAAUCAUACUGGGGUAAAAAACCCUGCUGAAGAGAGGACAGUGACCACAGAACUCAGUGUACCAAACAUGCAUACAAAGGACACACAGGGAUUUUGAAAAUGCUGCAUAUCCCUUAACAGUCAUCUACAUAGGUAAUACUGAUAAACAUUUUGUAUUCAGAUGCCAAAGUUAACUGAUUUCAAAGUUGAUUUACUUUUUAUUAAGUUCUCCAGAGCUGCACAACUAGUUAUGUUUUGAUUUGUUUUGUUUUUCAGUUUGGGGGUCUCUUUGUUUUCCCCAACAUAAUGUUUCUGCAUUCAUCUGUUCUUAAAUUGAAAAACAUAUAAUUUACUUCUUAUAAAUUAAAGUGUUAAAUGUGAAACCAAGAAAUGUAAUCAAGCAGUAAAAACAUUCUCUGAAUGUAGACCAUGAUCUCAAGUUCUUCCAUUUUUUUCCCCCAAGAGUGGAAAAUAGACUUCUACAUAGGAAAGCUAAAAUAUGUUAAUAUUUUUAAAUUAAAGGUUUAAUAUCAGAAUGCAGUCCAAAGAGCAAAUCACAUUACAUAAUUACAUUUUAAUUAAAUAUAGAAUAUUCUGCUGAAUUGCAAUUUAUUAAAUAUUCUUAUCCUCUUAAAUAAAACUGCUCAGCAGUUAAUCAGCAGUGAAUCAUCUUGCAGCUAUGCAACUUAAAAAAAUUACAGAUUACCAAUUUUAAGUGCUGCCAGCUAAAAUAACUGUUUUAACGGGUAUCUUUUGUUUGUUCUUUUCAUGUAAUUAUUUUAUUGUGCUUUGCAUCUCCAGGCAGUUCUCUCAAAUUUGGGUAAAAUGUUCAGCAGGCUAUAAACUUAAGAAAAGGGUAAAAUAAAAUUUUCUGGAGUGAAACUUGGAAUAAUUUGAGGGAGAUUUUAUAUACCUUAAAAAAUUGUAAUUUAAUUGGGAUGCCAGAUUUAUAACAAUUUGCAUCUUUAAUUUUCCAGAUAAUCUGGAGGUUAGCAUUUGAUAAAUGAUUUUUUUAAAGUAGAUAUGAAGAUUUUGUUAAUUUAUAAUUUAUUCAUUUGUUAUUACUGUAAUUGAAAAUGUUAUAGACACUUUUAAAUUCAGUUUGUAUAGAAAUAAAUGUGUUAAACAAAAUUAUGUUAAUAAAUAUUCCCACAUAAUACAUCUGAAUGGUUAAAAAUACUGGAAGAGUUGUCAGGGCUACAAUAGUGAAUGUCUUUUUUUUUUUUAAUAUCAAAAAUAUCGAUAAGUAGGUUUUGUGUUUUCAACAUAGGGAAAAUGUUAUCAGUGACUAGGUGGUGCACUUUACUUGGUGUAAUUGAAAGUUGCACAGUAAGUACUGUUUCCUUGUUUUAAUCUUUCUUUACUCCUAAUGUAUUUAAGAAUUUGCUGUUUUAUUUAACGCUGCUACUGUUAAUCUUCUCUAAAUUUUUUCCCCUACUUUCUUGCUUCUGUUUCACAUUUUUUAAAAGGGCAAGUACAGGAGCAACUGCUGCUACCCAGAAAGAUUUGUGUAUUAUAAAUAAUUAAAAGAGUUUUUAAUUGCUUUCUGUAUGAUUCCAGAUCAGAUAACAUUUUCCCUGAAGUUAUGCUGUGAAAUGCCUUUUGUUAUGCUGCAAUUGCUAAAGGAAUCCAAAACCUCCAUUUUGACAGCUGAAGGCACAGUUUAAUAGGUGCUUUUUAACUAGUUAUGGAAAAUAUUCGUCCCUUAACGAAACAAUUCUUUUUCUGAUUUUUUUCUGUUACCAUGAAGUCUUAAUUUGAAUUAAUUUUAUUUCAUGUUUUCGAUUUUGUAAGCUUUCAUACCCUCCUGCCCAGCCUCCUCAAGUAAAACCUCUUAGAAUGUGAAUAAUUGAUUCAUUUCCUAUUACUGGUAUACUGUUGUGAUGAGAAUUGUUUUGUUGUCUUCCAUUCUUAAACGAAGAGAUUUAUUACAGCUGUGAGAAUUAACUAUAUUCUCCUGGAAGUUGAUUUUGUGAUAGGUUAAUGCAAAAGUCAUUGCAAAAACUGCCAUCACUUUUGCACCAAUUUAAUAGUUCCCUUGUUUACUUUUUAACCUAUAUUGGCUUAAAUUCACUUUUUAGCCCCUCUUUGUCAUAAGGUUCUGUGCUGCAUUUGCUACAAUAGAAGCUCCUAUGGUUUUAAAGACAGUUCAGUGUUUGUCAGUGUCAAGUGCUACUUGAUUAUUAUAUUUUUCUGGAACAGUAUUCACUUAAAUCUGUUUAUAGCAAUCCCUUUUUUGACAAAAUUUACAAAGUUGACAUUUUUACUUUAAAUUCAAUCUCUAUCAGUGACUUCCUAAAAAGAACAACUUAGAAAUUGAGGGAAAAAAAUGUUUUUAAAGCCCAAAUGUUCCAGUUUUUAUUCAAAAUCAAAGUCGUUAUUCUGGAAAAUACAAGUAAUAUUCUAUAUAAUGUCACUUAAAAUAUUUGUAAAUUUAUUACGCAAACACUGAAUAGUAUAAGUAAGGUAUAAAAUCACAAUAGAUAUUUAAAUACUAAGCUGAAACUACUGACAACUAAUUAUUAUGAGGGACACAAUAAAGAUUGAAAGCCUAGGUUAUCAAGUUGGUUUUAGCUUUCUAGAAUCUUUGUAAAUACUCAUGUUCAAAUAAGAUCACACAUGCAUAUGUAGAAAGCAAUAUAUUCUGAAAGUUCACUUUAGUGCCACUGUUUGUCCAUAAUGGAUUUAUUGCCAAUUUUGAAUCCUCACCUUACUUUGAUCUGGCUUUUUUUUUUUUUUUCCUUGCCAGAAUGUUUAGGAGAAAGUAAAAUUAUUCUGUUUUACUUUGGCUUUUUGCCAGAGAUACAGACUAAGCAUAGUCUUAAUAUGUGUUUUUCAGAUCUGGUUACAAGACGUAUUAUAGAUUGUGUUUUAAGAGCAAUGUUGUAAUUGAAAUAUAAAUAACAGCAUAACUUUUUUUGUGUUAGUAAGAACAACAUUAAAAAGGUUAUGUUACACAAUAUGCAGGUUUUGGUUUCUUAGUGCAACUCUUAUAUUUCUUUUAAAUGUUACGUAGUUAUUUCAGUUUUCACUCUAGCUACUUUACUAAAGUGUAGCCCCCAAAUAGCCUCAGCAUAUCUGCCAUAUGUAUUUCAAAGAUUACAGUCUGAAUGAGUUAAUGAAAAUGGCAAGUUCCUUUUCAAAGUUUCUUUGACUCACAGCCAUAUUGCUAAGUUUGGGUAUAGAGAAGUUAAAAACAGUCACUUAAAUUAGUAUCUUAUAGCAAGAUAUACUGAUAUUGUUUUAAAUGAAAAAGACUGUAAAUUCAUUGUAAAUAUUACCUAAUAUAAGAGUGGAAGAGGGGAAUUUAAAAAAAAAUAAGCUAUAUUUGAACAAAGCAUGAAACUCUUGUUUUAAAAUUUAAGAAUAAUUGAAUUUACCAUCUAAUUGACAUCUGUACUGUGCAUUGAUAGUAAUAUCCAAAUCAUCUUUUUCUUUCACUGAGGAAGUUCUCAUAUAAAUCAAAUUGCUGAGAACUAUAUAAAACUACAUAGAGGUAAAUGGUGCUUAUUAAAUAUGAGUAUAGUUUGUUACU